AUGUCGGACGAGGAACAAACUGCUAUAGUUUGUGACAAUGGCUCGGGUAUGGUGAAGUCGGGUUUCUCCGGAGAUGAUGCUCCUCGCCACGUAUUUCCAUCCAUCGUCGGCCGCCCCAAAAAUGAGCAAGCGAUGAUGGGAAGUGCAAACAAGAAACUGUUUGUUGGUGAUGAAGCUCAGGCGAAACGUGGUGUGCUUGCGCUGAAGUACCCCAUUGAGCACGGAAUUGUGACCAAUUGGGAUGACAUGGAAAAAGUUUGGCACCAUACCUUCUAUAACGAGUUGCGCGUCAACCCUGAGUCACACAACGUGCUACUGACUGAGGCGCCUAUGAACCCCAAGCAAAACCGUGAGAAAAUGACGCAGAUUAUGUUUGAAACAUUUGGUGUACCUGCCAUGUACGUCGGAAUACAGGCGGUGUUGUCACUGUAUUCUUCUGGCCGUACCACUGGCAUUGUUCUCGACGCUGGUGACGGUGUGACACAUACUGUGCCCAUAUAUGAGGGUUAUUCUCUUCCUCAUGCCAUCCGUCGUGUGGACAUGGCUGGUCGUGACCUGACGGAAUAUCUCAUGAAGAUCCUAAUGGAGACUGGUAUGACGUUCACCACCUCCGCUGAGAAGGAAAUCGUGCGGAAUAUUAAGGAACAAUUAUGCUACGUUGCACUGGACUUCGACGAAGAGAUGACGAACAGUGCUAAAUCUGUCAGCGAAGAACCGUUCGAACUUCCUGAUGGCAAUGUUAUGCAGGUGGGGAACCAGCGUUUCCGCUGUCCCGAGGCAUUGUUUAAGCCUGCUCUCAUUGGACUUGAUGAGGCUCCUGGGUUCCAUGAGAUGACCUUUCAGUCCAUCAACAAGUGUGACAUUGACGUGCGUCGUGAUCUCUACGGCAACAUUGUGCUCUCUGGCGGUACCACGAUGUUCAAGAACCUACCUGAGCGACUUGGAAAGGAGAUCAGCAAUCUUGCACCGUCAUCGAUCAAGCCUAAGGUUGUGGCACCACCGGAGCGCAAGUAUAGCGUGUGGAUUGGCGGUUCCAUCCUCUCAUCACUAACAACCUUCCAGUCGAUGUGGAUAACGAAGAGUGAAUACGACGAGUCGGGACCCAGCAUCGUACACAGCAAAUGCUUUUGA